AUGGAGGCUCUUAUAAAAGUGCAGCAGGAUUUGUAUUUGAGAAUUGAUAAGGCUAAAACUAACUUUAAAAAAUCGCCUAAGGAACGGCUUAACUCUGCAGAUUACCUUAGCACUAGAUUAGAAACCUUAGAAUCUUUGUGGAAUCAGUUUGUGACAACUCAUACUCAAAUCAUUCAAGAGUCUACUACACUUGAGUUCACAGAGUAUGUAACUGAAGACGUAUAUUCUAGUGCGGAAGAGUUAUUCAUGGAUUACAAGUCGGAUCUUAAGGCUGCCUUAAAUAAACUAAACGCGUCAAUUCCUGGAAAGAACACUGAGUCUACCACUGUUGGGAAUAAGUCAGAUAUUGGCCAAGGCAAGUCGGUGAUGGUAAAGCUACCAAAGAUUUCGAUUCCUACGUUUUCAGGGGAUUAUUCUGAGUGGACUAGCUUCAGAGAUCUAUUCAAGUCGCUCAUCCAUAAGAAUAAAGAUUUAGAUGACGUCCAAAAGUUGCACUACCUGAAAGGUUAUUUAGUCGGUGAAGCUGAACAGCUUCUGCGUCACGUACAGAUCACGCAAGAUAAUUACAGCGCCUGUUGGGAAAAAUUGGAAAAGCGCUAUAACAAUAAGAAGUAUCUUUCCAACUGCAUUCUCAAACGCUUCAUGAGUCAGAAGAAUAUUACGACAGAGUCCGCGAAUGCACUCAAAGAAUUGCUGGACACUACGAAUGAGUGUUUAGAUGGAUUGAACAACUUAGGCAUCGACACAACUACAUGGGACAUAAUUGUGAUUCAUAUCAUUUGUCUUAAAUUAGACAACGAGUCUAGGAAACAAUGUUUAAUCGACCAAUGCUCGGAAGCCUCAUUCAUAACGGAGUCUGCAGCACAACUGCUCGGACUUAACAAGGUUUCCCACAAGAGCACUGUCACGGGACUAGGCGGUGAAGAGAGUUCACCUGUGAACUCUAAGUCGGUGGUAAAAGUUAAAAUUUCAUCACUCCUAGAACCUGACUUUGAAGUGAACGUGCAUGCUCAUGUUUUGGGCAAGGUAACAUCGAAUCGUCCGAGAAAACUUAUCGUCAUUGAUUCGUGGUCAGAACUGCCUAAAUUAGAUUUAGCAGAUUCCACAUUCAACAUUCCCGGCAAAAUCGACUUGCUGUUAGGGGCAGAGGUGUACGGUCAAAUACUUUUAAACAACAUGAUCAAAGCUCCACAGGGAGCACUCAUCGCUCAGCGAACGUCUUUAGGCUGGAUCGUUUCAGGGCCAACUCACUUAGGUGAGUCGGAAAUUCGUAAAAGCGUUAGCGUUAACCACAUUCAUUUAGAUGAAAAUGAGCUGCUCAAGAAAUUUUGGGAGCUCGAGGCUGACCACAAUACGACAGAUCUCAAGCAUCAUUAUACUGAAGACGAGAAGAAAUGUGAAGAAUUUUUUGCGGCUACCACUGAACGUGAUAGCACCGGUAGAUACAUAGUGAAACUACCAUUUCGUGAUCAAGAUCCCAGUUGCAAACACGGAAACUUUGUGCCUAUUGCAACUAGGCGUCUCAACCAAUUAGAAAAGAGGUUCGCAAAAGAUGCUGAAAUGAAGAAACGCUACUCGGAUGUCAUCAAUGAAUACCUUGAGCUGGAACACAUGGAAGAAGUUCCUCCAGAACAGGAGAACAACCCAGAUGCAGUUUACUUGCCACAUCAUGCUGUCAUCCGAGAUGACAGAUCCACGUCAAAGCUGCGGGUCGUGUAUGACGCGUCUUGUCCUGGCUCUAAUGGCGUUUCCUUAAAUCAAGACCUGUUAGUAGGUCCAACUCUGCAACCUGUUUUGCGUCACACCAUUCUUCGUUGGCGUUGCCACCCUAUAUGCCUGGUAGCAGACAUUGUUAAAAUGUACAGGCAAGUGAAAGUUCAUCAAGACGAUAUAGAUUUUCAACGCAUUAUAUGGCGUGAAAACUCGGGGGAGAAGAUUAAGCACGUGAGACUGCUUCGAGUCACCUUUGGUACGGCCUCAGCACCUCAUCUUGCAGUGCGUGCUCUUCAGCAAGUAGCCUACGAUGAAGGAGCACAGUAUCCAAACGCUGCUGAUAGGGUCCUCAAGCAUUUCUAUGUAGAUGAUUUGUUAACAGGCUGUGAAUCUGUGGAAGAAGGCAAAUUAGUAUACCAAGAAAUGAAUGAACUUUUAAAAAAAGGUGGAUUCGAUUUACAGAAAUGGAGCAGUAACAAUGAAGAAUUAAUAAGUUACAUGAAAGAAACUGAUGUCAAAGAGGAAGGAAGUCUCCAGCUAAAGAUAGAUGCUGUCAUGAAAAUUCUGGGACUCGUCUGGAACCGCCGAAAUGACGAAUUUGAGUAUUCGGUACAACUUCCUCCACUCAAAGUACCUGUAACAAAGAGAAGUGUCAUAUCUGACAUAUCAAGGCUGUUCGAUCCACUCGGCUGGUUGGCUCCAGUGAUCAUAGUAGCCAAGAUUUUCAUCCAAAAAUUGUGGCUUUCGGGAAUUGAAUGGGAUGAUGAAGUUCCACCACAAUUAAUGAAGGAUUGGCUAAACUACAGAGAAAGUCUAAACCAACUUACCGAAUUCAAGCUGCCCAGAUGGAACCAUGCUAGUUCCAAUGUAACUGCGGAACUUCAGGGAUUCUGCGACGCUUCUAAUGAAGCGUUUGCUGCUGUUGUGUACUUAAGGACUAUAGAUGAAGAAGGAAAUGUGCACGUGUCACUGAUCACGUCUAAAACGAAAGUGGCACCAAUUAAACAAAUUUCUAUUCCACGUCUGGAAUUGUGUGGGGCUGUGUUACUCACUAAAUUGCUGGUUGAAGUAGCCGACGUUAUGAGUAUCAGCAAAGCGAACAUUCGUGCUUGGACUGACUCCACAGUAGUCAUCUCUUGGCUAAAUAGUCGUCCAAAUCGAUGGAAAACUUUCGUCGCCAACCGUGUAUCUGAAAUAAUAACGUCAGUAGAGCCGCACCAAUGGUCCCAUGUCUCGUCGAAAGAUAAUCCUGCAGACUGCGCAUCUAGAGGUACACGACACCUGAGUAAUGAAGAGCUCUGGAUAGAAGGUCCGUCGUGGCUGAAAAAUAAGGAGAUUAACUAUAAAAAACCAAACAUAAAGGAUACGAACUUAGAAGAAAGAAGCACUAAAGCAUGCUUCGUGAAUACUUACGAUAAUGAUGAUGUCACAGCAGAUGCCGAAGAAACACUUAUUUCAAGGUUUUCUAAAUUGUGGAAACUGCUACGCGUUCUGGCUUUCUGUAAACGAUUCUUGAAAUGUGCUAGAAAAGAAAAAGUAAGUCUGUGGUUAACAAGCAGUGAAAUCCAAGAAACUUUGAAAAUGUGUAUAAAGAUUGUGCAAGGAAAUCAUUUCAAAGAGGAGUUGAAGAACCUGAAAGAAAAUAAAACGGUUAAUAAGAAAAGUCAACUUACCUCACUGAACCCGAUUGUAGAUGGAGAUGGUGUCCUAAGAGUUGGUGGAAGAUUAGAGCACGCUGGAAUUAGUGAACAGAUGAAGCAUCCACACGUCGUGGUCAUUGCGCUGAUUUGUGGAGCGACAAUGGAACGAACUUCGUGGGAGCUGCUCGUGAGCUGA